AUGGACGACGUUAGUCGGCUCGUUGCGCGAGACCAUGGAUCGACGGCAAAUGAAACCUAUGUUUACGAAUACUCGCGAGGGUUAGGCGGAGUCAACGUUUCUCGAGAUGUUUUGUUCACGCGUAUCAUCUUCUCGUCGGUGUUAAUAGUCGGUGUCAUUCUUUUCUGCGGUCGAAUCGCUCAAAUCAGCCAUUCCUAUCUUCGUCACGUCAGCUCCUUGUCAGCAACUGCGAGGCAACAAUCUUACUGGAGUAUCGAAGAGUCGCGGUUAUGGUCGAACAUGAAGAAAUAUGUCCUCUAUUCACCACUGGGCAGCAAGCGACACAACCGGGAGCUGCAGCUGUCGUCCGCCCUCAACGUGGGCACUCUGCCAACCCGAUUCCAGACCGUCCUCAUCGUCUUGUACUUCCUCAGCCAAGUCGCCUAUUGCACUAUUCUGGAUUACGCCGUGAAUGAGAAGGCAGCUCUGGUGGCUGAGCUUCGUGGACGAUCGGGAACGCUCGCGGUCCUGAACAUGGUUCCUCUGUUCAUCCUGGCUGGACGCAACAACCCAUUGAUCUCGGUUCUCCAUAUCAGCUUUGACACCUACAACCUUCUUCACCGUUGGUUGGGCCGAAUGGUUGCAAUUGAGAGUAUCGUCCACACUGCCGCCUGGGGCGUGAACGCGUCCGCCGAAACGACCAUCUCGGAUAUGGCCCAUCGUCUAGUUAACGAGCCUUUCUUCGCCUGGGGCUUGGUUGGCACCGUCGCAAUGGCCUUCCUGGCCGCACACUCGCCGUCUUCCAUCCGACACGCUUUCUACGAGACGUUCCUGCAUCUCCAUCAGCUUGCCGCGUUUCUGGCCUUCCUUGGUGUCUACGUGCAUAUCGACCUGGACAAGCUGCCACAGAAGCCCUGGAUGCUUGCGAUUGGCUCUCUUUGGCUGAUUGAGCGAUGCGCUCGGCUUGCACGACUGCUGUAUCUCAAUGUCUCCUGGAAGAAGGGUUCCACGAAACUCGUGGUCGAGGCUCUUCCCGGCGAGGCCUGCAAAGUGACGUUCUAUCUCCCCAAACGUGUGCACAUCAACCCUGGUGGCCAUGUGUAUGCAUACAUCCCCAGCGUCUCCAAGUGGAUGUCUCACCCAUUCUCGAUCGCCUGGGUUGAGCCCAACAGCUGCGUGACCUCGUCUGGACUCGUGGACCAGCCCUUCAAGUCUCCGUCCCGCGGUUCCAUGAGCCCCUCGCUCCUCGAGAAGCAACCGAUGGUCGACAUUGAUCAAUAUAUGAACGAUAGCAAGUCUCCCACCUCCGUGUCCCUGAUCGUGGGUGCUCAGAAGGGAAUGACGCGAGCCUUAUACAACAAGGCUCUCGCCGCGCCCAACCAAACGCUUCAUACCACCGGCUUCAUCGAGGGACCGUAUGCGUCACAUGCGUGCAACAUGGGUAGCUACGGCACCGCUGUGCUCUUCUCUGGCGGUGCGGGCAUCACGCAUCACAUGCUACAUGUUCGAGACCUGAUCAUCCGGGCCUCCGAAGGCCGUGUCGCCACGCAGCAAAUCUACCUGAUCUGGUCUGUUCGCAGUACGGACAACCUUGCCUGGGUACGGGAGUGGAUGGACCAAAUCCUACGGCUCCCCGGCCGUCGCGAGAUGCUCACCAUCAAACUUUUCGUCUCGAAGCCUAAGAGCAGCCGUGAGAUCGUCUCCCCGAGUGCUACGGUUCAGAUGUUCCCGGGUAGAUGCCGACCACAAGUCGUCCUCGACGAAGUCCUUCCCAACCGUGUUGGUGCCACCGUGGUCUCGGUCUGUGGGCCUGGUGCUUUUGCAGACGAGGUACGUGCCGCCGCUCGUGAGAGUAUCGGCAAGGGUGCUGUGGUGGACUUCGCCGAAGAAGCUUUUACCUGGUGA